UCCAGUAGUAUCGACCUUCGUGAACCCGAGUCGGAGACAAACCGGUUGCAAUUGCAGUUGCUUGCCACCUCGGAAGGUGCUCCUCCUAACCCAUCAUCUGCAGUUCCUCCUAAUGCGCUCACCACCAAAAGAUACAUUUGUUGUCAUUGUAGUUUUAAUAACAGACCUAUCAUCUGGUGGGUGUCGUGUCCUCGGCUGUCUUCCAUUGCAUCGUCAACGAAAUUAGACACCAAGCCAAGUGCAUCCCAUUCGGACCUGCGUCAGCUAUACAAAGAAAAACCCACCGCCAUGAAUAAUUUUUAUAAUUCUUAUAACGCUUAUAACCAGCAGCAUCAUUUGCAUGCAGAUGAUCCUGUGUUGCCAGCUACUGUUCCCCUUCCUCCAACAUCGCAUCUGCGAAGACAGGCAGCUGCAGUGUCGAGGCCAAGCUUUGGCAAUGGCAACCUAUCGAAUCAGCACUCCCAAUCAAUCACGGCCUUAUGCAAUGUUUUCGAUAAUUAUUAUGGGAAUAGCUUUACGUGUCAAUGUCAUGGAAACUUAGGGACCCCAAAAGUCCGAUCGGAUCAGUGGUUCGAGGAACCAAAGCCCAGGGAGCUACCACCACCGCCCAGCUGCUAUUCAGGAUACGAACGAGGGAAUAGACUGACCGAUGAUGAGGACUCAACCUUUCCUGCAGGACUCCUGGACCGGGAGUUCCAUAUGUUGCACCGGAAUAUACCUGCCCUGCGUAGGUCUGGUGUUGAUAUCACCACAAUAAGACAGCAUUUUUACCCGGACGGUGGUUGGGGAUGGAUCAUUUGUGGGCUAUCGUUCCUAGCACACGUCCUGACCUCAGGAUUGCAGCUCUCCUAUGGAUUGCUGCUCUUCUAUGCCACUCAACAUUUUGGCAACAAAAGCGAAAUAGAUUGGUUAGGAGCAUUAAGCUGGUCGGUAUCCACAAUAGCUAUUCCAGUUGUAAUAGCAUUUUGCAGAAAGAAAUCGACUCGGCUUUUAGCUGUCAUUGGAGGUUUGGUGCUACCGUUGGGUGUCCUUUUCACAUCGUUUGCCACCCAACUGGGUCAGAUGUCUUUUAGUUAUGGUGUCUUAAUAGGACUUGGAGUCUCAAUGGUUCGAGAAUCGUCGAUCAUAAUGAUUGGAAAUUACUUCAAAAAACGUCGACAAUUUGUCGAAAUGGUGGCCAUGUCUGGAGAAGGAGUUGGAUUGGCAUUGUUCUCGGUAAUCCUUAAGGAGGGCGUUGGCAAAAUGGGUUGGAGACUUGGUUUGCAAGUCAUCGCAGCAAUGGUGUCUGUCAGCUUCUUCAUGGGUCUAUUGUAUAGACCGGCUUCCCUCUAUCAUCCACAACGUAGAGCUAUUCAACAUUUGAAAAAUCAAAGAAAAAAAGUCAAAGAAAAAAAGACAAUAGUUCAAAGCCCAAAGAAAAGUUUCAUAGAUCUCGUUCCAGCUAGAUCAACUACAGUUAGAGUGCUUAUAAUAACUUCAGCUGUAUCGGCGCUGGGAAUUUAUGCUCCAAUAUUUUCAAUGUCACUACAUGCUGCCAAAGAAGGUUGUGACAUCCAAGACUUGGUGCUCCUUCAAACAUUCCUUGGGUUAUCAACAACUUUAGGAGUAGUUAUAGCUGGUUCAGUUAUAAAAAGAUCUUGCAGAAUCAACAAUACUUUGAUUUCAGUGCAAAUUGUUUCUCAGGCUUCAUUGCUCGCAGUAGCGGUUUCUAUAUUGUUUCUUUCUUUUGUGCUCGGAUUUCGACCACUUUGUGUGCUCUGUUGGAUAUACGGAAUUGGAUUUGGAGGUUUUCGAUACUCGUUGAAAAUGUUGGCUCUGCAGCGAGUUAAAGCUAAAUACUUUACAAAAGCAUGGGGCCUUAUAAGAGGAGCAGAAUCACUGCCGGUGAUUAUAAGUGUACCGUUGACGAUGUUUUUGAAUGAUUACUCAUUGAAAUAUGGCCGAGCUGGAUAUUUUAUUUGUUCAGCAGCAGCCGCUAUUGGCGUUGUUCUAAUAUUCUUCGUUGGCUAUUCGAGCACUAGACAAGGCAUUUCAAUGAAAAGUUGCAAUAAUGGCACUCUAAGAUCCCAAUAUUCCACUGCCAAUAGCAACUUCACACCGGACCUUCUCAAUCGAAGCUAUCUAAAUUUACCGGCUGCUGCUGCUGGCGGUGGUGGUGGUGGAGUCGGCGGUAGUUGCAAGUAUAUGGGACAAUGCGGCUGCCAAGCGUGUAUGAGUCUCCUUCAGAGGAGCUGUUAUAACUGUCACCAAGUACCUAAUAUCCAACCCAGAUGUCAUGCUGCUGGAACUAGUCAUUUUAAUCCCUAUACAAAUUCGUACUGUUUUAACGAAGGUAUGAUGUGUCCUCAGAAGUACAACGCUCUACGGGAAAACCAAGCUCGUUGCCGGAAAUACACGUUUGGAUCGGGCAGCAUAGGGGCCAAUAUGGGCAGAAAGCUACAGAAGAGUUUUUCAUUUGUUAGCAAUCCAUGUACUGCCACUUGUGUUUGCACCUAUCCAGAGCAAUAUUGUUUACCAUGUACUCCUAAAAGACCAAAACAAGCUUUACAUCCAGGUUCAUUUUCUCGAAACUAUGGCGGAGCUGGUUCGUUGUGCCAUUCGUCGAAAAGUCGCAGUGUUCCAGAAGGCCUAUCCACAUUCUCUCAGUAUUGCCGUUGCCCAGCAAUGCAUUGCCAAACUUAUAACUAUCAACGUCAAAGGUCACAAUCUCUAUCGAAGCCAGUUCACUUUGUCGAGCAAAUAACAACUUCUGUCUGACCCACAAUUAAAUACAAAUAGGAUCAAUAUUAGAAAAUUUAUGUAGAACCUCUUAAACCUUUUUAAAACCCUAAAAACCCGACCCCACCCUAAAAACGCCAUCCAAAGAUUCAAGGAUUUCUUUAGAGUAUAGAUCAAUCGUAUUAUUUAUUACUAAAUGAAAUAAAUAAAUAAAUAAAUUAAUUAAUAAAUAAAUAAAUAGAAGAUAUAACGAACGAUAUACACAAAUUGUGUUCACCAAUAUCAGGCAUAUCGAAAAGUUCAAGUAUUAGAAUGUAUUCUAUGUAUAUAAUAUAUAAAGCUCGAUAUAGGAUUUUUAUAUAAUAUAAUGUAUAAUAGGAGCUAUAAAAUCAAUGUUUAUCUAAUCAAUUUCUUUUUU